UCCCGCGCCCGCCCCCCCGGUCCCCUCCCCGGAACCGGCGGCGGACCUGCGGCCGGCGGCAGUGGAACGGCGGCGGCCCCACGGAGCCGCCGGCAUGAGCGCCCCGCGCCGCCCCGCGUCCCGGGCCCGGCCUUUCUGACAAGAGCUAGCCUUUGGGCUCCUUGAGGAUAUUCCAUGUUGUGCUUUUGAAUAUCCUCUGACCAUAUUCAGCAUGAAGUAACAUUUUUAAUGAUUAUUCUCAGCAGGACAGGUGUGAGAGGAUUGCUAUUGUGUUACAAUCAUGGUGCAGAAAUACCAGUCACCGGUGAGGGUGUAUAAACACCCCUUUGAAUUAAUUAUGGCUAGAGGGGCCGAGACACUGGCAGAGGAAGAAGCAGGCUCCCUGUGGGGAGCCCAAUGCGGGACUUGAUGUCAGGACCCCGGGAUCACAACCUGAGCCAAAGGCCUAUGAAAGGAGGUUUCCUACAUGUCCUUUGAUUCCAAUGUUUGUGGACAGUGACACUGUGAAUGAGUUCAAGAGUGAAGAUGGGGCUAUUCACGUUAUAGAAAGGCGCUGUAAGCUGGACAUAGAUGCACCACGGCUGCUGAAAAAGAUUGCAGGAGUUGAUUAUGUUUAUUUUGUCCAGAAGAACUCAUUGAAUUCUCGGGAACGUACCUUGCACAUUGAGGCCCAUAAUGAGACCUUUUCUAAUCGCGUCAUCAUCAAUGAGCACUGCUGCUACACUGUUCACCCUGAAAAUGAAGAUUGGACCUGUUUUGAACAGUCUGCAAGUUUAGAUAUUAAAUCUUUCUUUGGUUUUGAAAGUACAGUGGAAAAAAUUGCAAUGAAACAAUAUACCAGCAACAUUAAAAAAGGAAAAGAAAUAAUUGAAUACUACCUUCGUCAGUUGGAAGAAGAAGGCAUAACAUUCGUGCCCCGCUGGACUCCACCUUCCAUUGCUCCCUCCUCAGAGACCUCCUCGUCAUGCAAGAAACAAGCCGCGUCCUUGGCUGUUGUGGUUCCAGACACUGCCCAGGCAGAGGGGCUGGCCAGUGAGGCCCUUGGCACCCCCACCGGGCCGCCCGAGCCUGUGGCAGGGACCCCUGAUGACAAACUAGAUGCGGACUACAUCAAGAGGUACCUGGGCGACUUGACCCCACUACAGGAGAGCUGCUUGAUCCGGCUUCGCCAGUGGCUCCAGGAAACCCACAAGGGCAAAAUCCCAAAAGAUGAGCAUAUUCUUCGGUUUUUACGUGCCCGGGACUUCAAUAUAGACAAAGCCAGAGAGAUCAUGUGUCAGUCCUUGACUUGGCGAAAGCAACACCAGGUGGACUACAUUCUUGACACCUGGAGCCCUCCCCAGGUCCUCCAGGACUACUAUGCAGGAGGCUGGCACCAUCAUGAUAAAGACGGGCGGCCACUGUACGUGCUCAGGCUGGGGCAGAUGGAUACCAAGGGCUUGGUGAGAGCCCUCGGGGAGGAGGCUCUGCUGCGAUAUGUUCUCUCCAUAAACGAAGAAGGGCUGAGACGAUGUGAAGAAAAUACAAAAGUCUUCGGUCGACCUAUCAGUUCAUGGACCUGCCUGGUGGACCUGGAGGGGCUGAACAUGCGCCACCUGUGGAGACCUGGCGUCAAGGCCCUGCUGCGCAUCAUAGAGGUGGUGGAGGCCAACUACCCAGAGACGCUCGGCCGCCUCCUUAUUCUUCGUGCUCCCCGGGUGUUCCCUGUGCUCUGGACGCUGGUUAGUCCAUUCAUUGAUGACAACACCAGAAGGAAAUUCCUGAUUUAUGCAGGAAAUGACUACCAGGGCCCUGGAGGCCUGCUGGACUACAUUGAUAAAGAGAUCAUUCCAGAUUUCCUGAGUGGGGAGUGCAUGUGUGAAGUGCCCGAGGGCGGGCUGGUGCCCAAGUCUCUGUACAGGACUGCGGAGGAGCUGGAGAACGAAGACCUCAGGCUCUGGACCGAGACCAUCUACCAGUCGGCCAGCGUCUUCAAAGGAGCCCCGCACGAGAUCCUCAUUCAGAUUGUGGAUGCCUCUUCAGUGAUCACUUGGGAUUUUGACGUGUGCAAAGGGGACAUCGUCUUCAACAUCUACCACUCCAAGAGGUCGCCCCAGCCUCCCAAAAAGGACUCAUUGGGGGCACACAGCAUUACUUCCCCGGGAGGGAACAACGUGCAGCUUAUAGACAGAGUGUGGCAGCUGGGCCGUGACUAUAGCAUGGUGGAGUCACCUCUGAUCUGCAAAGAAGGAGAAAGCGUGCAGGGCUCACAUGUGACGAGAUGGCCGGGCUUCUACAUCCUGCAGUGGAGAUUCCACAGCAUGCCCGCGUGCGCCGCCACCAACCUGCCCCGGGUGGACGAUGUGCUGGCCUCCCUGCAAGUGUCGUCUCACAAGUGCAAAGUGAUGUACUACACUGAAGUGAUCGGCUCCGAGGAUUUCCGAGGCUCUAUGACCAGCCUGGAGUCCAGCCACAGCGGGUUCUCCCAGCUGAGCGCCGCCACCACCUCCUCCAGCCAGUCUCAGGCCAGCUCUAUGAUCUCCAGGUAGUGCUGCGGCGCCCGUGCCUGGGCCGUGGAGGGGACGGCGCGCCUCCUCGGACAGCCCGCCGCGCUCCACCACCCGCUCGGCGGCCACACUGUGCAGACUCCUCACCUUCUAGGUAGCAGAUAGCUCUCUAGACGGCAGACGUAGUCCUUGAUCCCAGACUAUCUCAGCAGGUAGUUUUAACUCCAACUCCAUAGCCAUAGAUUUUGUAUACAGUGUGCACAAAAUCAAACCAGAGCACAAGGGCUCUCUUGAAAGAAAAGUAGUUUAUAUACAAUCAAGAGGUUGACUUUGUCUCAAAUGUUGAUGCAAAAAAUGUUUCCAGCAACCUCCACACCCUGUCCAUUAGCGGAUGAAUUCCUACAUCAUCCUUCAGAGGUGACCCAGCCUUCCUACACGGAGCAGGAACUGCCAGCUCGUCCCCACACCACGUCACAGUGUCACCCUCUGCUGGUAGCCGGCACAGCCCAUGGAUUGAGGGGCUGCCUGCUAGGCAUGUGUCCUCUGAGCAGCGCUGCUUCUGUGGGGAGGACUCGUAGGCAGCCUGCGGCACCCGGCUCGGGCCCUGCUGGCAGGUGUACCGGGUGUUCUGCAGUGGGUGUGGGUGGGCCCGGGGGCUCUCGAGGAUCCCCCACAGCGCCAGGAGAGUACCGCCACCAUUAAACAGCUUCUCUUUCCUCCUUUCCAUAUCUUUUUGAUACUUCCAGAGCAGGAUUUUUCUGUAUGUGAACUCGCGCGGAAAGGAUUCUUUCCCUUUUUCUUCUAGUAUGUUCUUACCUGCACAUGCUAGCUCUAAACUCAAUGUAGACUUAUAUUCCCGGUGCCUCCUCAUAGCUUGAUAGCAUCAGAACCCACGUGGUCCUUGAGGUCACUAGAAGGUUCUUUUGAAGACUCAGUCACACUUGCCAUUUUGAAAUUGUCCAGUGUUCAUUUGAGCUGACCAGUGUUCUUGCCGUGUGGUCACUCCAGGAGAGCAUGAGGCUUACGGGAGUCCCGUUCCUUCAUAGAAGGAAAUUGCAGAUUGUCGGGGUGUGUUUGCCUGUGCAGGCAUGUGGGGUGGCUGUGGCGGUGGAUGUGAGUGCAUGUGUAUGUCGCAGUGUGUGAGUGUGGCAGUGUGUGAGUGUGGCAGUGGGGGCAAAUGGGAGUGUGUGUGUGUGUGUGUGUGUGGCAGUACAUAGGGCACACACGUGAGUGGCAGUGGGGGCACAUGCAGGUGAGUGAGGCACUGCGGGGGUUGUGGGGUGUUGGUGAGAAACAGGGCAAAUAGAAAGUGAGAUGAAGUUGUCAGAGAUUCUUCUUAGAAGCAAAUCAGAAUAUGAGCUUGGUUUGCCUUUUGUCUUUUGUUUUUGAUUCCCAAUUACAAAGCAUGGCAUUCUUGGUUGGAUUGGCUCGUGUUUUUUCUGCUUUUUAUGGGAAAAGCAAGUUAUUUGCAGAUCUGUCUGGAUGUUGCAUUGGGUUCGCGUUUGUGAUAAGGGUGUGAUGUGUGGUGUCGUGUGUUGGAAGAGGCUGUGUUUUUACAAAUAUGUGCCAAAACCCACGUGGCUGUUACUGGCAUGUGAGAGAGGCACGGAAGCCCGGGGCUGCGUGGCUUCCCAUCUGCUCUCCAGGCCGGAGGUGGGUGGCCGCCGAGUGGACAAUGUGUGGAGGACAAUGUGUGGACAAUGUGCGCAGGCGAGCCCUGGAGGGCUCGGGAGGAACGCCCGCCCGGUCCGUGAGGCCCCCAGGCUGCCUGCACACCGGAGACGGGGCCGCUCCGUGCUUGCCGCCUUCCUGGGGCACAGCCCCGUGUCUCCUUUGAAAAGAAACACUCACCACUGGCCCCUAAAGCCUUGUUUCCAGAAAGCUCAGUAGGGUUGGUUAGUGCAUCUGGGCUGCUUCCGAUCAGUGCUUCCUGCUUCUAAAUUAUAAGGACCUGAAGAUGGUCCCUUUCUUCUCUUUCUUCUCUCUUUCUCUGUGUCUCAGAUGGCGAUUUUGCUGACAGCUGCCAAGAAAACGCUUCCCUCCACAGUCCACCUCAGCCCAGGGUGUUUGUAGAACUCUUUGAGUUGCAGCCACUCCCCCCUCCCCCAGUCUGAAGACGUGUUCGUUUUCAGUUGCCUCAGAAGUGGCACUGUCUUGUUCCCAGAGAGUCGAACGUGUCUCUGAGUUCAAAGCACAUCACUGCGCAGACGCCGGCAGGGUUCCUCCUGAGUGACACGGCGCCUGGUUCUCUGGUUCUCCUUGAGGGGCCGCGGGCACGCGGACCUGGACUCUGCCCCUCCUGUCCAUGCCCUGACUUCUCACACUCCGCCUUUCUUCUGCACUAAGGGUUCUUUUGGUCUCCCCUCUAUUACUAGUGUCUUAACUCACUUUUCUUCCUAAAUUCAUUAUUUGCAUAUCAAAUUCUGUAAAUGUUUUGUAAACAUAUUACCUCACUCUUGGUAAUACAAUACUGAUAGUCUUUAAAAGAUUUUUUUACUGUUACCAAUAAUAAAUGUGAACUGUUUAAAAA